CUGCCACAGGCUGUAAAUCACCCAACUGUACUGUAUUAAUGAGCUUUGUACACAAUAAAAGUAGACUAUGUUUCUGUUUGCAGCAGAACUUUCGGUGCACAUAUCAGUGUACGGACACUACGCUCCUUCCGUGUGUUUGUCUUCGGUUUUCUGUAGCAACAAGCAAACACCACGGGAAGGCGACCUGCACGCUUCAACCUUCUGCGGUUUCGAUAUGGACAAAUACGCCCCUAAAUUUAGCACAGUUCUGUUGACACAGGAUCCACAUUAUAUUCCGGGGUAUGCAGGGUAUUGCCCACAGCUGAAGUUUAAUAUGGGGAAGUCCUACGGCCAGCUUACGGCCGAGCUGCUGUCCAGUCCCAGUGUGAGACAUUCCAAUCACCUGGUCCUCCACACAGGUUAUGUUCCCCUCACAGAGUCGGGCACUGGUCUGACACUGAGAACCACCCCUGACAGUAACUUGAAGACAAUGAUACCAGGAUACACAGGCUUUAUUCCAAGAAGUCAGAACGUCUUAGCUUGCAGCUACUCCGAAACAUGUCGGAGAGCACUGACUGAGUUUUAUGAGGAAAGACAUGGGAAGCUCCAACAGCAAUCAGUGAGCCUGCCAACUGUUGUCAACUACACCAACCAACAGUUUGAAAGAUCAAAACCCACUCUGACAGCGAUCUCCAACAAAGUGAUCUCCAACAAGCCCUUGAAGCCCUUCACCCCCAUUGGAAAGCCAUAUUUCAUGGAAGAUGAUAACCCGCACAAGUACUUUAUAUCUGGAUUUACCGGGCAUGUGCCAAAAUCGCGUUUCUUAAUUGGCAAAGGUUACCCCAUCACCACCAACCAGGCACUGAUCCAGUUUCGGAAGCAGCAGCAGCAGCAGAGUGCCCCCGUGUCUCAUGACAACACAAGAAAGGACAGUACAACACUUCUCAUGCCCAUUAUCUAUCCAUCGGACAAAGGUGUGGUGCCAUCAUUCACAGGACAUAUCCCAGGAUUCAAGUUCAUGCAUGGACAUACCUUCGGUCAACUUUCCCAGAAUGCACUGGAAAAAAGUGGCAUCAGGAGGACCUUUCAGGAAACGUCAUAAAAACCAUCAUACA